AUGAGAGCUUGGCAGAUUUUUGCAUGUUUAGUGCUCGUCCAAAUCGCACUUUCGAGUGCCUUUUCCUUUUAUGGACAUGAGAACUACAAAGAAUUAGGUCAUGAUGAUCAUGACAUGGAAUUUGCUGCAUCUGACAAACAUGAAGAAUCAGCACAUGAAGAGUCAGGUGGUGAAGAACAUGGAGCUGAUCACUUCUCGAAAAAAGGACACAAAGGUGAUGAAGGACAUAAAAAGAAGAAGUCAUGGGAGAAAAAAGAAAAAGGUUCACAUCAUAAGGACGAACAUUCAGGACAUGAUGAAGAAGAAGGUGGACAUAAGAAAGAAACAUACGAUGAAGCUGAUUCACACAAGGAACAUCAUGAAGAAGCAAAGAAGAAGAAGGAAGGCAAGCAUGGACAUAAGAAGUUCCACAAGAAGGGUUCAAAAACUACUGGAUAUCAUAAGAAAGCUAAUAAGGAUGAAUAUCAUAAAGAACAUAAAUUCUAUGAUGACAAGCAUGAAGAAGGCAAACAUAAGAAAUACGGCGACCAUCACGAACAUCACAAAGAAGAAGAGGGUAAGCAUAAGAAGGGAGGAAAUCACGAAGAAGGACAUAAAGAAAGCAGCAACAAAAAGAAGGGAGGCUCAGAAAAGGGACAUGAAGAUGAAGCUCACAAAGGCUACAAACAUAAGCACGGACAUGAAUCACAUCACUCACAUAAUGACAAGCAUGGAAAGAAAGGUGGAAAGCAUGGCGGUGGUGAACAUGGAUUUAGCUCAGGAGGUGGUCAUGGAGGUGGAAAGGACGGUGGUCAUUAA